AUGAUCCGAUCAUUGUUGUUACUCGGCCUUCUAGGCGCAUCGCUUCCCGCCCAUGGCCACCCUACCCAAUCUUACAAGUCUGGGCUUCGGCGCCGAACGGUAGACCUAAACGCCUAUCGUCUAAAGGAGACGGCCGAGUAUACGAACAAGGCUGCAGCAAGCACCAACAAGGCCGUCCGUCUUCUAAAGCGGGAUUCCUACGUCGACACCGCGACUGAGCUCGUCAAGAGCACUAUCCCCGGAGCCACGUUCCGCCUCGUUGACGACCACUACGUUGGCAAGAACGGAAUUGCUCACGUAAACUUCAAGCAGACUGCUCAUGGAUUGGACAUUGACAAUGCCGACUUCAACGUCAAUAUUGGAGCCGAUGGGAAUGUCUUCUCGUAUGGUAACUCAUUUUUCACGGGUUCCAUCCCCGAAGAAAGCCCUCUUCACAAGCGGGAGUUCUCGGACCCGACUCAAGCACUCUCGGGGGCUACUAAGCUUUUGGAGUUGCCUGUAACCGGAGAUGCCUCCGCAGAGGCGACCGAAGGCACCGAAACUUUUGUACUCAAAGGAACUUCAGGCGCUCAGAAAGACCCCGAAGCCCGCCUAGUCUACUUCGCCAAGCCUGACGGAAACCUAGCUCUUACAUGGAGGGUAGAGACCGACAUCUUAGACAAUUGGCUAUUGUCGUACGUUGAUGCAAACACCAACGAAGAAAUUCACGGUGUGGUCGACUACGUCGCCGAUGCUACGUACCUAGUCUACCCGUGGGGAGUAAACGACCCUGAUGUUGGCAAGCGAGAAGUCGUGACGGACCCGUGGGACCUCACGACAUCCGAGUUCACGUGGAUAUCCGAUGGAACGACCAACUACACGACUACACGAGGAAACAACGGCAUUGCGCACACUAACCCGGAUGGUGGAUCAGACUACCUUAACAACUACCGCCCAACCAGCUCGUCCCUAAAGUUCGAGUAUAAGUGGGAUGCGACUUUAACGCCGCCGUCGACUUACGCAGAUGCUUCGGUCGCUCAGCUCUUCUAUACGGCAAACACGUACCAUGAUUUACUGUAUGACCUCGGCUUCACCGAGGAGGCCGGAAACUUCGAAACCAAUAACAACGGACAGGGUGGCAAAGGCAAUGACUUCGUCAUCCUCAACGCGCAGGACGGCUCCGGCACCAACAAUGCUAACUUUGCCACCCCUCCCGAUGGACAGAACGGACGGAUGAGGAUGUACAUCUGGACACAGUCGACCCCUUAUAGAGACUGCGCCUUUGAGGCUGGUGUCAUUAUCCACGAAUACAGCCACGGAUUGUCGAACCGCCUGACCGGUGGUCCUGCAAACUCCAACUGCCUGAACGCUCUUGAAUCAGGUGGUAUGGGCGAGGGCUGGGGUGACUUCUUCGCAACAGCUAUCCGCCUACAGCCUGGUGAUACUCGGGAAACGGAUUACAGCUUAGGCGCGUGGGUUUAUAACAACCCCGAGGGUAUCCGAAACUAUCUAUACUCGACAAGCCUCGACACCAACCCAUACCAAUACGUCACGCUUAACACGUAUAAUGAAGUGCACGAUAUUGGUGAGGUGUGGGCUACAAUCUUGUACGAAGUAUUAUGGAAUCUCAUCGACAAGCACGGUAAGAAUGACGGCCCCAAGCCCGAAUUCGACCAGAACGGUGUCCCGACCGACGGAAAGUACUUGGCUCUGAAGCUUGUCGUUGACGGCAUGGCCCUCCAACCCUGCAACCCCAACUUCAUUCAAGCCCGUGAUGCCAUCAUUGAUGCUGAUGAGGCAUUGACCGGCGGUGACAACGUCUGCGAGCUCUGGACUGCAUUCGCUAAGCGGGGUCUCGGUGAGGGUGCUGCGUACUCAAGCACCAGGCGCACAGGAAGCAACAAGAUACCUAGCGGAGUCUGUUAG